AUGCCCUGGAGCCAGCUGGCGGAGAAGCUGUGCGCAUCGCAGGAAAGCAGUGAGUCGCAAACGGCUGUGGCGGAAGCGCUGGCGAAUGGCUCAGGGGAAAGCGAUGGCGAGAAUGCAGUGGAGCCACCGCGCGAGAUGUGGUGGGUUACACUGCUGAAGCAGCACACCGAAGCUCUGGGCCUCAGGGAGCUCGGGAUUCCUUUUGUUUGCGUGGGCACCAGCGAAAUCAACCCGGAAUUCAGGGACUUCCAGCUCGCGAAUAUUCCCGGGAUUCAGCACCAGCACAUGUCUUUGGCGGACCAGCUUGAGGGGAAGAGUUGUGCCCUGCACCCUGAGUCGCCAUGCUGCUGUGUGGCAACGUCUCCAGAAUGCCUUGUGGUAGGUGCUCCUUGCAAUCCCUUUUCAGUGAUGCGACACAAAAGGUUUCACGAGAACUCCGUCAUGCAGCAUCGCCAGGCAGCCUUAUCGUUUGAAGGAGUCUUCGACCUGCUGAAGAAGUUUGCUCCGGUGACCAUGAUCGUGGAGACGACCGAUGGUUUUCGGUCGCCUUUUGACAAGACCACCGAGGACAGCCCACACAAAAUGCUGCUCGGAGGAAGCUUUGAACCAUCAGAGUAA